AAACACUAAAGUGAGGGUGCAAAAGUAGAAGGAAUAAAAGCAAGAAGAAAAACAAAGUUCUAAACCAAAAGCUCCCUUUCCCAUAACACAUCAAAUUUAAGUCUUAGCUCAAAUAUCAUUCUCAAAGCUACCUUUAUUUUUUCUGGCUCUUCCUCCUCCAACCUUCUCCUCCCUCUCUUCUCUUCCAUGGCAAAUGAGAAAGACCAUUAUUAUGACCCUUUUCAUUACAACCACUCAUCAUCAAGCUUUCCAUUCUUUAGGGACAACAACUCAACACAAAACUUUCAAGGGUUUGAUCACAAUAACCCUUCUCCUCACACUACUUUCACUGACUGCUUACAUGGUUCCAUGGAUUACAACACUCUCUCAAGAGCCUUUGACUUGUCUUGCUCAUCAUCUGAAGUGAUCUCCUCCAUUGAUGAAAACCCCAAGAAGAAUCCUAGUGCAGGAGACUCAGCAGUAGGGAACCAAUCGACACCCAAUUCCUCAGUGUCUUCAUCAUCUAAUGAAGCUGAAGCAGUGAUAGAAGAAGACUCAACCAAAAGCCUGAAAAAUAAGCAGCCAAAAGGGUGUGAUGAUGGAGAUGAAAAGCCUAAGAAAGAGAACAAGGCCAAGAAGAAAGAGAAAAAGCCAAGAGAGCCUCGCUUUGCCUUCUUGACUAAAAGUGAGAUCGAUCAUCUUGAAGAUGGAUACAGAUGGAGAAAAUAUGGACAGAAAGCAGUCAAGAAUAGUCCGUACCCAAGGAGCUAUUAUAGAUGCACCAGUCAGAAGUGUGGUGUGAAGAAAAGGGUGGAGAGGUCAUUCCAAGAUCCUUCAAUUGUGAUCACAACAUACGAAGGGCAACAUAACCAUCAUUGUCCAGCAACACUCCGAGGCAGUGCUGCAAGCAUGUUGUCAUCACCUUCCUUUUAUGGUUCCUCUUAUAUGGGAUCAACCUUACCCCAAGAUUUUCUUUCUCAGUUUCUUCCAAGUUAUAGCCAAAAUGAUCACCAAAAUUCAGUCUUCCAUCACCAAAACCUUUCCCAUAAUCUCCAUCCACAGCCUCAACAGCAGCAGCAGCAAUUCCAACUCUCUCGUGACUAUGGUUUGCUGCAAGACCUACUACCAUCAUUCCAAGGCAAACAAGAGCCAUGAACUUGCUAAAGAACUUGGUGCAUGUUUGGAUUUAAUUAUUUUAGGAAAAAUAAUAGUUUUUUUUUACUAUUAGAAGUUUUUUUAAGAAAGAAAAACGAUUAUUUUUUCAAGAUAAAAACCAAACAUGCACUUACAAUUAAUCCAUUUCUAUUAGCAUAUGGUGGAGCUUACAGUAUAUCCACACUUGUGUAGUAAGUAGUAUCUUCCCUUUAGUUGGUCACUUCCUCUCUUUAAGUCAUGUACCUAGCUAGAAUUUGUAUGGAAAAAAUGGAAGACAUGUCUAUAUAUGGUAGUAGACGGGAAUCUAAGAGCAUUAUAUAGUAUUUUAGAAUAUUACUGCAGAUGACAUUGAUCUUGA